CGGCGCGUGACCAGAGGGCCCCCCGCGCGACCUGGAAUGGCCCGGGCGCGCGCGGUCUUGUGGGAGUUGUAGUCUUCCGUCCCCGCCCACGUGGACUCCGUUUCCCGUGGUGCCCCGGGAGGCCCGCUUCCGGCGCAGCUACGGGUCGGCGCACGCGGCCUCGGUCCGGUUGACUUUGCGGAGCCAUGGAGGGCGGCUUCGGCUCCGAUUUCGGGGGCUCCAGCAGCGGAAAGCUGGACCCAGGGCUCAUAAUGGAGCAGGUGAAGGUGCAGAUCGCCGUGGCCAACGCGCAGGAGCUGCUGCAGAGGAUGACGGACAAGUGUUUCCGGAAGUGUAUCGGGAAACCUGGGGGCUCUCUGGACAACUCCGAGCAGAAGUGCAUCGCUAUGUGCAUGGACCGCUACAUGGACGCCUGGAACACCGUGUCCCGCGCCUACAACUCGCGGCUGCAGCGGGAACGAGCCAACAUGUGACUGGCAAGCCCGUGGGCCGCCCCGCCCCGUUCUUUUCCACAAACGUGCUCUGAGAGGCGGGGCCCGCAUGUGCGUACUGCCUGCCCGGGGCUUAGCGGGGUGGCACCGGUGCUGGGACAGACGGGACUGUGUCCUCGCCACCCCCCGCCUUGCCCCCUGCCAGCCAGUGCAGCUUGGAUCUCGGGGGUGGGGGGGCCCUGUGCCUUCCCAAAGUGCUGGCAGCCCAGUGGCACCUCCUUCAGGCCUUUGGGGUCUUCCCCUAGUGGGCCCAGGUCAGCCUCAUAUUUUUUGGGCGGAGAACUCUUGUCUGGACUUUGGAGGUGGGGGUGGUCAGACCCCACCGGAGCUGUCACCUCCUGCGGAUGGGCAAAUAAAUUGGUGGAGGGCGGAGAGAAACCUCUUUAUUUCCCUCCUGAGGGAUCUCUGGGAAGAGUUGACGCGUGUCCCUGGAACCCCAGUUCGGAGGGUCUCAGCCUCUCCUGGGUUGGGAGAAGUCCAUCUUUCCCCUUAAGUGCCACCGGGCUGCUGAGUCACGAGGAAUGUGUUGUUGCCACCACCCCUGUCCCAAAGGCUAAGGGGGACAGCCCUCCCCUUGUCCAGGCUUGCUUUGACCCCUCUUCCUUCC